UUUAUAAAGCUCCUUUGAUGAUGCAUUCAUCACAACCAUUCACCAUCAAUGGCUUCCAUGAGCUCUCUGAAAAUGAUUUCGUCCCUCAAACUCUCUCAUUCAAGUUCCAUCUCUCCUCUUCAAACCCAAAAGCAAGUAGGUUCUAGUCUCUUUCAAUCCUUCCCAACCAGAACUUUAAAAUUCGCAGGUACCCCGCUAGUAUCUACAACCAGAAGAAGUCACAACAACACAACCACUGCAUUCUUCUUCAAUAACUCAAAGCAGCAUCAAGAUUCUUCAAAGCCAGCCAAAGUUCAAGAACUCUUUGUCUAUGAGAUCAAUGAACGUGACAGAGGAAGUCCUGCAUACCUCAGGCUAAGCCAGAAGGCAGUUAACUCUCUAGGAGAUUUAGUGCCAUUCAGCAACAAGUUAUACUCUGGAAACUUGGAAAAGAGAAUAGGGAUAACUGCAGGCUUAUGUGUGCUCAUACAGCAUGUUCCUGAGAAAAAGGGUGACAGAUAUGAGGCCAUUUACAGCUUCUACUUUGGAGACUAUGGCCACAUAUCAGUGCAAGGAGCUUAUCUGACAUACCAAGACACAUAUCUGGCUGUAACAGGAGGCUCUGGAGUCUUUGAAGGUGUGUCUGGACAGGUGAAACUUCAGCAACUUGUGUUCCCUUUCAAGCUUUUCUACACCUUCUACUUGAAGGGUAUUCCUGAUUUGCCGGCUGAGCUACUUGGGAACCCUGUUGAACCUUCACCAAAGGUUGAGCCAUCUCCAGCUGCUAAGGCUGCUGAGCCUCAUGCCUCUAUUCCAAACUUCACCAACUGAUGCUGCAAUUCAGCCUUUCUUUUUCUCAGAAAGUUUUAGUUUUGAACCCAAAAUAAAGUUUAGUUGCUGCAAAUUUGACUAUAUUAUUGAUGCUUCUUUUGUUUGUGUUGGACUAUAUGCGGUAGAUAUAGUUACCAGAAUCUUAUGAAUGAAUCAUAUGAUUUGAUUAACUGGACAA